AUGAUUAUACAUUUAAAUAAUAAAAACUUAUUUCACUUUAUUUUAUUUAAGAAAAUAAAUAUAAUAAAACGUGAUACACAUACACUGAAAAAAAAAUUUCAUUUAUAUGAUGAAGAUUUAAAGAAGUCAUUUGAAAAAAUAUCAAAAGGUGUUCCACCAAGAGCAAAUAUAAAUAAAAUAAUAGAUUUUUUACUUCAUUCAGAAAUAUUAAGUUGUAACUGGACUAAACUAGAAAUAAUUGAUGAAAUAUAUAAAAGAAAAAUUGAUAAAACUCUUUCUUUUCAUUUAAAUGUUUUAUAUGGUUUGGGAUCAAAAGGAAUACAUUUAAAUAAAAAAGGAAUUAUUUCCCCUAUACUAUUUUUACCAUUAUUAGAUUAUGACCAAUUUAAAUAUAUGGUAGAGGUUAUGAAAGUUGCUGAUAAAGAAAAAAAGUUUAUGGUACAUAAACAAAAUGAAUUUAUUAAUAAUUUUUUUAAGAAGUAA